CACACUCAUAAGUCUGAUGCCCCGAUUCAUUUUGGAUGUCCGGAUGGCCAGAAAGGUACACGGAACGGGUGUGAAGGUGUAUAUAUACACUGCUUGGCGGGAAUGUGCCUCGUUGGUGAAUCAUUUUAACUCCACUGUUCUCCUGCCUCUUGUCUCUCGCCCCCGCUAGGGUUUUCCCGUCUCCUUCGCUACUUCCCUCUCUUUGAUCUUCCCUCGGAACUUUGAUGCCGAACUACAAGAUCAGGGGAAUCGAUGUCGAUUUCCCCUACGAAGCGUACGAUUGCCAGAUCGCUUACAUGGAGAAGAUCAUCCAGUCGUUACAGCAGGGAUGCAAUGCUUUGUUAGAAAGCCCUACUGGAACUGGAAAAACAUUAUGCCUUCUCUGUGCCACAUUGGCCUGGAGGAAAACUUUUGGAGAUUUUUCAAGAAAUUCAAAUGAAGAAGGGAGAAGAUUCUCAUCGAGUCAGAUGUCUGGAAGUCAACCGUCAGAGAAUAGGCAAUGCGAACCUGUUAUUAUAUAUGCAUCAAGAACGCACAGCCAGCUAAAGCAAGUAAUUCGGGAACUAAAAACAAGCAAUUACAGGCCAAGAAUGACAACAUUAGGAUCUCGUGAACAGUUGUGCAUCCAUGAUGAAGUGCGUUUACUCCGUGGUAGGGCACAAAAUAAUGCUUGUCGUUAUCUAUGCAAAAAACGGAUGUGCACUCACCAAAUUGGGGUUCCUGAGUACAUGAAGAAAAGUCAUGAACUUGGAGAAGAGCCCUUUGACAUAGAAGACUUGCUUGAGCUUGGGAGAAGCAAAGGGCUAUGCCCCUAUUACAUUUCGAGAGAGCUUCACAAGGUUGUUGAUAUCAUAUUUGCCCCUUACAACUAUCUUAUUGAUCCUGGGAAUCGACGGUCUUUAUCAGGUAUCCAAUGGAGCAAUGCGGUGCUUAUAUUUGAUGAGGGACAUAACCUGGAGAGCAUAUGUGCUGAUGCUGCUUCAUUUGACUUACCUUCUGGUCUCUUGACUGCAUGCAUUUCUGAAGCAAAACAAUGUGUAGACUUGUGCAUACAAAGGAAAAUAAUUGAAAAGUCAGAUGAGAAACAGUUCAACCCUGAAAAUUAUGCUAUACUCAGAGCUCUUCUUUUGAAGCUUGAAGCACAUAUUGCUGAGGUUACUAUAGAGUCCAGGGAACUGGGUUUCACUCGAUCAGGGGACUACAUUUAUGAGUUCCUCUCUGAUCUGAACAUCACAUUUGAGACAGCAAAUAUGCUUGUUGACACAAUUGACAAUGCUGCUCUGCUUCUUGAGGGGAAUACAUCUGAAGUUGGAACGAAGGCCAAAACAAAGGGCACCUUUAGCAGGUUAGAGAGCAUUAGGAAUGUGCUCAAUCUUAUUUUUCGAGAUGGUGGGAAAGACCAUGCAAGAUUUUACUGUUUUCAUGUGCAGGAAUUUCUACCAGGCAUUACCAAUUCAUUCAAAGUGUCGAGGACACUCAGUUGGUGGUGCUUUAACCCAGGACUUGCCAUGCAAGAGUUUUCAAGGUUGGGGUUACGAUCUGUUAUACUUACAUCUGGCACAUUAAGUCCUCUGGAUUCCAUUGCUUUGGAGCUCAACUUAGAAUUUCCGGUCAGAUUGGAAAAUCCUCAUGUUAUAUCUGCCAAUCAAAUUUGGGUUGGAGUUGUGCCAAGUGGUCCAUCUAAUCAUCCAUUUAAUUCGUCAUACAGAAAUCGUGACUCUCUAGAAUAUAAGCAAGAACUUGGCAAUGCUAUAGUCAAUUUUGCUCGAAUAGUUCCUGAUGGCCUACUUGUAUUCUUUCCUUCUUAUUAUAUGAUGGAUCAAUGCAUUGAGUGCUGGAAAGAUAUGGGUCAUGCUAGAUCAAGGGAUUUUUGCACUAUCUGGGAAAGAAUUUGCAAGCACAAACAUCCAGUUGUGGAACCAAGACAAUCAUCACUUUUCACAAAUGCUAUUGAGGACUUUCAGUUCAAAUUACAUGACAAAACUACUACUGGGGCAGUCUUUUUUGCAGUUUGUCGUGGCAAAGUUAGUGAAGGUCUUGAUUUUGCUGACCAGGCUGGUAGAGCUGUAAUAGUUACUGGCUUGCCUUUCUCCACAAAGACUGAUCCCCAGGUUCGUCUCAAGCGUGAUUACCUGGAUCGCCAGGCUUUUUCUGAGAAAAAAGGAGCUAAGGUUCUCACUGGUGAGGAGUGGUAUGUCCAGCAAGCUGCCAGGGCUGUGAAUCAGGCUGUUGGCCGUGUCAUUAGACAUCGCCAUGACUAUGGGGCAAUCAUUUUCUGUGAUCAAAGGUUUGCUGUAAAAAAUUGGGAACAACAAAUGUCAUACUGGCUCCGGCCUCAUGUGAAGUGCUAUUCCAAUUUUGGAGAUGCAGUUUUCACACUGACUAAAUUCUUUCGAGACACAGGCAUUCAUGCUUUGAAACCAAAAUUAGUCGAAAGCUUUACUAGAGAUAGAGCUUUGAGGCUUGAGGAGAAUUUUUCAUUGAAGCCUCUCACUCCCUUGGUGCAUAGUAGUGAGCAUUGCUCAAACAAGCCAAUGUCAUCAUAUGUAUUACCAAUUUUUGAACAAGUUGUGCCUGCCAACCGAGCAACACAUCCUAAAAAAUUGGAUUCUAUCUCAAGCAUGCACAUAAUGUCCCAAACUAAAAAAAUAACAGGAAUUACUCAAUGUCAGAAUAAUGCAGUGAUUGAUUUGGAAAAGGAUACACUAUUGAGCGAACAAGUAUGCAAAGACUCACAGGGAGCUCCUACUGCAAAAAGGCCUAAAUUUGAAGUGGAUCCUGAAUGGCAAAAGGAUACUUCCUCAAAACGGUUUGUGGAUUUUGAGAUUUCUAGAUUGAGGGAAGUGCAUGCCCAAGUUGAGGAUCAGCCAAAAUCUACAAGUAUGGAGAAGCAAAACAAAUCAACAAUGACUGAUGGAACAAGUGUUCGUGAUUAUUUGUCACAGGUUCAAGAAAAGCUUACUGUUGCUGAAUAUAAGGAGUUCAUAGAUCUUAUGGAGGCAUUAAAAUCCAAGAAAAUAAAAACCAUACAUUUGUUGGAGUCCAUUGCAAAGUUAUUUUCCAGUCCUGGCCGAUACUGUCUUCUCAGCAGGUUCAAGGAUUUUGUUCCAACAAAAUUUCAUACUAUCUAUGAUCAGCUACUUGGAAAUUAUGGUGCAAAGGUUGAUACAUCUGAGCUGAAUCCCGAGGCUUAAGAAGACUUGGUCGGCCAUUUCUAGUUCUACCAUUUUGUAGCUGCUCACUGUUCAGCUGUCUAGGUUCUUGCUUUAUCAAAAAGUUCUACAACUUAAUGUUUUCAAUCAUUUCAAGGGGAGAAAUAUUUGGAUCUUGAAGAAUCUAACUCUUGGACCGGCUAAUUUUCUUGGACUGGAUAAUUUAUUGUUUGUUUGGCUAGCCUGAUGAGUAAUCCUCUCCAAAAGAAACUCAGUGGUGCUGCAAGUAUCAGUUCCAUGAAUUACGUAUUGUAAAUCAUGUAGCAAACUAUGCCUGACAUAUUCAAAUAUUAAUCUACUCAUUGCAACAUUAUCUUAUACUAUUUUUGUCAGCCAGUUUCUGACCGAACUAAUAUCUUUAAUGGACCUGUCCAUAUCCUUUCUAUGUUCCAAGUUCAAUGCUACAAUAAAAGAUGCUGCUUGAUAUC